AUGGAGGACAGCAAGAAGGCAGUCGAGGCAGAUGCACCCAUCGCGUUGCUGUUCAAGUCGCUCGUUCAGGACAUGCUCAACGACCAGGGCUGGGAGCUCGAGGACAAGGCACGCCGCGCGUCGAUGAAGCGAAACGUCUGGAACUGGUUCUUUGAGAUUCUCCUUCCCACCGCACAGGAGUAUGUGCACGCGCGGCAAGAGCAACUGCAGGCCCGCAUCCGCCAAGCGGCACCGGCAGUGCCGGUUGCUCCAGAACCGCCCGAGGAGGAGGAGGAGGCCGAAGCAGGGCCGAAGCCGGAGGAGGAGGAGAAUGGCAGCGAGAGCGACGCUGAGUUCGAGGACCCGCGGGAGAGGCAGAAGCUUCAGAAGGAUCUUUAUGCCCACACCUUCGUGGCCUUGUUGUUAGCAUGGGACUUUGGACAGCGCAAGGAUGACACUUCACUUCAAGUAACCACGCCGAUACCUGGUGUGGACGCAAAGAGAUGGUUCGAUUGCCUGAUGCUGUGCCUUGCCUGA